AUGGAAAGCUUGGGAGUGGUCGAGAGCUGGACAGAAUGGGACCGCCUGCGCGAAGUUUGGGUUGGCUCCCUGGAGAACAAAUCCUUGGAUGCACCCCAGGAGCCUGCCGUUGCUCGGAAGAUGGCGUGUUACCAGAAGUACAACUGGCCCGUGCGGGACAGGCUGCAGGAUGCUGAUUGCCUCGCUGAGGCCAAGAAGCAGCUGGACAACUACAUCGAGGUCCUCAAGCAGGAGGGCAUCAUCGUGCAGCGGCCAAAGGUUUUUGACACUCAAGUGGAGAUCAAGACUCCCAUGUGGUCUGUGGAGAGGAUGAGUGGCUUUACCUGCCCUCGAGACCUCUUCUUUGUAGCGGGCAAGCAGGUGAUUGAGGCUCCGAUGAGCUGGCGCUGCCGCUACUUCGAGCACUUGGCCUGGAGGGAUCUGUUGAUGAGCUACUACAAAUCAGAUCCGCGCAUGCGCUGGUCUGCAGCGCCCAAGCCAAUGCUUGUGGACGACAGUUUCGGAGGUGAGGGGGAGGAACGCUCCAUCCGCAACUCCGAGAUCUUCUUCGACGCGGCGGACUCGCGGCGCUUUGGGAGGGACGUCUUCUUUCAGAGCGCGCACACGGCCAACGACUUGGGUAGGGAGUGGGUUCGACGAGAGCUGGCAGCUCAAGGCGUGCGCGUGCAGGACUUCGACUUCCAAAGCCAGCAGCACUUCUCCCACAUCGACGCCAGGCUCACGCCGGUGGAUGAGGGCCUUUGUUUCUACUCAUCCAUGGACCCCCCCACCGACGCGAUGCUGCAGCUCUUCAGGGAGAAUGAGUGGAACAUUUUGGACGCAGGCUUUCGGGAGGACUGCCGCAGCACCUCCGACCAGUGCGCCCCUGGUAUCCACUUAAAUGUGCUGACCAUCGCACCCAAGGUGUGCAUCGUGGAGAAGAACGAGAAGAAGCUCACUAAGCUUCUGAGCGACGAAGGCUGCGACGUGCUGCCCAUCGAGUUCUCAGCUUGCUAUCCUUGGGGUGGAGCAUUGAACUGCUACACCCUGGAUAUCCACAGGGAUGGCCCCGCGCAGAAAUCAUACUUUCCCACGCUUGACAUGCAAGCCGAGCGGCAGGCGGCCAAGUCAGAGAAGCCUUAG